GCGGCUAUAAAAGGAGCGACUCCCUGCUCCAGUGCUGAUGCCUGCUUCACUAACUGGACUUUUACAGUCCCUACAGGAUCCCACAGCACACACACACACACACACACACACACACACUGCAGGACUGUACCACAACACGUUUAAAGAACGAAAAAUUAUGGUUUCCAUCAGAAGUUUGGAUAAAACCAUGGUGUUUCUGUGUGUGUGUGUUUUGUACAACAGCAUAACGACAGACAGCAGACCACUGAGCCGGAGGUCCGUCAGUGAGGUUCAGCUGAUGCACAGCGUCGGUGUGCGCAAACACAUACAGCAGAGGCAGGACUGGCUGCAGGAGCACAUGCAGGACAUACACACUGCCCCAAUGCAUGGUGGGAAAAUCAGCAGCGCACGCAUCAUGAUGGAGCACUCGCUGUCCAAAGGCGUUAUGUCCGAGACACCAAAAAGAGACGUGGUGGAAACACUGGAGAUGCAAUGAAACCUGGACACGUCACUGUGUCUUAGAAGAGCCAUCUGUAUAAACGUUCCAUGUCUCAUCUCAAUCUCAUUCGUGUUAAAUAUAUUGCUAUUUAUUUUUUUCUAUUUAUAUAUAUUUAAGUAUUUAUAUAGGUUUGUGGAUUUUAAAAAAUUCUGAAGUACUCCUGCUUGUUAUAAAUAUGUUACAUACACAUGUAUUUAUAGAACUUUUAUUUUAGAACAAAAAUCUAUAUCUAUAAGAAUGCACUUUUGUUUCUUUUAUUUUAAUAAGCUGAAAUAAUGCUUACUGAAGCUAAGCAUAUACUAGAGUAGGACCAAAAUACUUUUUCUUAAAGAAAUUUAGAAUAAAAAAAAUAUAAAAUAUAUUUUUAAAACAGAAAUGAGCAUGAAAAAAAAAGAAAAUGUAAUGUACUGAUAUAUGUUUCUAGUUUUGGAAUAAAAUCACAAAACAUUUUAUUA